AUGCAUAAAACCGGUGCUACGCGAUAUCAAAAAUUUUUAAAAGCCGAGAAAGCAAAAACAAAGUUAAAAGGAAAGAAAGAUAAGGAAUUACCAAAAGGUACGAAUGUUACGAAAACUAAUUUUAAAGUAAAGAAAAUUGUAAUUAAAGAGCAGCUUAAGAAUCGUGAAAAAUCGCAGGAGGCGCUAUCGACCCGAAAACUCAAUGUUAAAGAAUUAUUAUCUCGUUUAAACCACUUCAAUACAAAUUCUCGUACUGAUGCACUGGAUGGAUUAAAAGAGCUCAUAAGUUUACACCCGGAAGUCUUAGACCAAAAUCUGGGAGAUAUUAUUCAUGGUAUUACAACAUUAAUAUUAAAUAUAGAAAAAGUGGUUAGACAAGGAGCUUUAAAAGUUCUUCAUUUAGUCCUGUCCAAUGUCCCUUCAGAAAAAAUUGAUCCAUUUUUUGAUGUAAUGUCAACUUACUUAAGGAGUGCUAUGACUCACAUUGAUAGCAGAAUUCAAGAGGACUCCCUUUUCUUUCUAGAUAUACUUUUACUGUGUUGUCCUUUAAGAAUUGCAAAAGAUUUUCAUAAAAUAAUUCCAAACUUUCUAGACAUGAUUUCAAAGUUAAGAAUUGAUGCUAAACCUGGCAGGACCUUAACAGUCAAUUUAAAUAGUCAAAUAACAAGUGUCAAAUGGAGAGUUAAAGUAUUUCAACGUUUGCAAGAGUUCUUGCAAAAAUAUGCUAUAUUUAGCCGGAUUUAUGAAGAUGAUAAAUCUGAUUCUAAUAACCCGCAGAUAUAUAAUGUUAAAAGUUCUAAUUAUUUUCCACUUUUUAAUCCACAUUCAAUAUCAAAUUGUAAUAUCUCAUGUUUUUCGGGCAAUACUUCAGAUUAUGAGCAAAAGGUUGAUGAAGUAGAAAAAUUUAAAGAAUAUACAGGUACUUUAAUGCCUUUGCUUUUUGAAACCUGGCUUGAGGCAUGUCCUAAUAAAAAGUCUGAUGCAAAUUUUGAAAUGGUCAUUAAUGAGGAAUCAGCUUUGUUGCUAAAACAUAUCUUACAAGUAAUUUCAUUACUUAAGUGUUUUGUGAAAUAUUUCAACAAGAAAUCGCCCAGUUCCAAUAUUGAAAAAGUAUUUUCUCAAAAGUUUAAGGAUCCAUUCAAUCAACAUUUUGUGAAAUCUUUUCCAUAUGUUACUAACAUUAGAUCUAGACAAGUAUUUGAUACCAAUAAUGUGGAUGAGGGUGUACUGACAGACUCUAAGCUAGUUGCAGUAAAUUUGGAAAUAUGUCACUUAUUUAUAUUGCUUAAUCCAAACAUAAAUUUAAAAAGUCAGAAUUUAGAAAUAAAUGCUGUCCUUGGUUAUAUUGAGAAAACUUUUAAUCAAAGCACUGAUAGUAAAAUUAGUUCUCUUGUUGUAAAAAUAUUACACUCAGUCUUUUCCAAACAGAUAACAGGCUGGACUAGAACUCUAACAAUUUUAGACAAUUUGUUCAGAAAAAUUAUCUGGAUAUACUUUAACAAAUCUUUAUCAGAUUCAUUUAGGCAGGACAUAUUUGCAUUGUUAUGUAAAAUUGCAUUAAAUGACAAAUUGUCACAUUUUCACUGUAAUGAUGCUUUUGAAAUGUGGCUUAAAAAUUUGCCAGAUAUUUUAUUAGAAAAGCAGUUGACUAUUCAAACUGUUGAUAUUAUUCACAAAUUUGCAGUAACUAAUAAUGAAAUAUUCAAUGUAGUUAUGAAAGCAAAACUAUUAAAAAUUAUAGAAAAUCUUCCAAAUAUCAAGAUAAUUGAUGCAACCAAUGAUAGUGUAAGUUAUCAUAAAUUGCUAUCAAUAUUAUAUUGGAUAAAACUCUGGGAUAAAGAUUCCUUGAAUCUAUUAGAAAGCCAAUUGAUGGAAAAUGUUUAUAAGCCAGAUCAUGGGAAAUAUAUUUUUGAUACAUUAAGGUUAAGAAGUGGAGGUAUAUUG